CCCGAAACAAGCAGCACAAGCAGCCAUGUCGAGCGGCCAGAAAGAAGCAAUCAACCUCGACACCCUCGAGCCCCAGCAGCUCGCGCAGGUCAAGAAGCAGCUCGAGGAAGAGCUCGAACACCUCACAAACUCCUUCUCCCAGCUUCACGGCGCCCAGAACAAGUUCAGAGAAUGCCUCCGAUGCGUACAAAGCCGAGUCGCCGAUAGCAAAGGCUCAAAGGCGGUUUUGGUCCCGUUGACCAACUCCCUAUACGUAAGCGGCGAAUUGACGAGUACCGAGACGGUUCUGGUGGACGUGGGCACAGGGUUUAUGAUUGAAAAGAACUUAAAAUCGGCUGAAAAGUUUUACAACACAAAAGUCAAAGAGCUUGGUGACAACCUGAAGGAACUGGAAGGGAUUGUUCAGUCGAAACAGAUGAAUGUCCGCACAAUAGAAGAAGUUUUACGGCAAAAGAUUAUGGCUGCUCAAUCAGAAGGCCAGAGCUGAGAUAGCUGAAGAAAAAAAUUGAAUAAUGAACUGAAUUGCGUA